UCAAUGAACAGCAAAAAGCUGUACUUUUCUGUCCAGCACAACGUCAGUGAACAGACUUAUUAUAGGAUAGAAAAAUAGAUAAUUGUAAAUUAAGUUUUCCAUUUUAAGAAAAUUACUUGACAGCUUUAAAAAAAUCAUGAUGAGUUGGGCAAUUCUACGAGGAAGUGAAUUUGACACCUUGGAUGAAGAAAUCAUUGAAGAAAAGACAACUAAAACGUUCGACGAAAACAAAAAGCAAAAUCAUAGUGAAAUUGAGAAACGAAGACGAGAUAAAAUGAACACUUAUAUAAAUGAGCUUUCGUCUAUUAUCCCAAUAUGUAAUACAAUGCAUAGAAAGUUAGACAAACUGACAGUUCUCCGCUUGGCUGUACAGCACCUCAAAAGUGUUCGUGGAACUGUUAAACCUUUUUAUGAAUGCACUUAUCAACCAGAAUUUCUUUCGGACCAAGAGCUUAAAGAUUUGAUUUUACAAGCUGCAGAUGGCUUUCUUUUCGUUGUUGGCUGCGACAGAGGUCGAAUUCUAUUUAUUUCAGAAUCAGUUUCUUCUGUCCUUAAUUGUACGCAAAAUGAUUUGCUUGGUCAGAGUUGGUUUGAUAUUCUCCAUCCAAAAGACGUAGCAAAAGUGAAGGAGCAGCUUUCAUCUAUGGAACCAGGCCCUCGGGAACGCCUAGUAGACGCUAAAACAAUGCUUCCGGUAAAAACCCAAGUACCCCAAGGCAUAUAUCGCCUUUGUUCGGGAGCAAGAAGAUCUUUUUUUUGCCGCAUGAAAUUGAAAUUACCGAAGCGUCAAAUUAAGGAUGAAUCAGAUACUUCUUCAAGUUCAAUAAGCUCAAAUAAAAGAAAAUCAAAACUAAGUACAAGCAGAAAAUAUCGCGUUUUUCAGUGUACAGGCUACCUCAAGUCAUGGAUACCUUUCAAACUUGAAGAGCAGGAAGAUGUAGAUGAACAACAUUCAAAUAUGUCAUGCCUUGUCGCAAUAGGCAGGGUACAACCAAAUAUUUUAGAAGCUAAUAUACCAUCGUCACUUGACAACCAUCCAAACAUUCGACAAUUGUUAUUCAUAUCUAGACAUUCAGUAGAUGGAAAAUUCAUAUUUAUUGACCAAAGGUCCACCCUUGUAAUCGGGUUUUUGCCGCAAGAACUGCUUGGAACAAGUUUUUAUGAGUAUUUUCAUCAUGAAGACAUACCAGCUCUUGCAGAAUCCCACAAAACAGUGUUACAAAAUUCAGAAAAAAUAACAACACAAGUUUACAGGUUCAGGUGCAAGGAAAAUCGAUUCAUUCAAUUACAAAGUGAAUGGAAAGCUUUCAAAAACCCUUGGACGUUAGAUAUUGACUAUAUAAUAGCCAAAAAUACAGUUUUCUUAUAAUUGUAUUGUUGCCUAAGUUUUAUCGUCUAAACUAAUUUUGAAAUAAAUUAUAGUAUACCUGCCUAUUAUACUGAAAACCUA